AUGCAGUCUUGGAUCGAUAUCAUAAAUUUUACGGCUGCUUGUUUCUCAUCACCAGUGUUACCGGCACCCGUCAGUUCGCGGCAGUCGUUUCACAGACCGUUGCUUCCGAGCACUGCGUCAAAGCUGACCAUGGAUGAGCAACUGAAGGUUCAUACAACCCGCAUCGCCGAACUGGAAAAAUGCCUUGACCAGUUGAGGGAUGCCGCUCCCGUGCCGACGUCGAAGUCUCGCGUCUUACAAGAUUAUGCCCAAAAGGAAAUCUUCCUCUUAUACGAG